UAGACAUGCAAUCAAUAAAUUUUUUAAAAAGACUUUUCAAAACUGAAAUUGUCUCAUACCAAAAUUGUGUUUUUUUGAGUUAUUUUUUUUUAAAAUUGAACCUUGUGGCUUGCAUUUAUAUAAUUUACUUUUGGUUUUUUCACCAUCCCCUUGAGUUUUUUGUUUAUUCAACAUAUAUCAAUAAAUUCACCAUGGUUUCGGGGGUUGAAAAACAGAGAGAAGUGAAUUCGAGGAUGGGGGAGGGAUGUGGUUUCGAUGAAUAAUUAACCAAAUUUCACCUAUCUUAUUGUCAUUAGGAGUGAUGAUGAAUUAUUGUAGUAAUAACUCAGGGGUAUAUAAUGAUUUUGAAAUUUUUGGUGAAAAAAAAAAAGAAAAAAAAAAACAGGGAUAUAUAUGGUUAACAAACCGAAUUUUUUUUAGAUGUUCAUAACAAAAGCAUCAAAAGCAAUAUUGUACUUAAAAAAAAUACAAAGCAGAGCAGAGAUCAUAUCACUCGCUCGACCAACGACGGCCAUCAACUUGAGGAUGUUAAGUCAGAAAAUUGCUGCAUUUGCUUAUAUGUGGAGUUCUUCUUUGAUAUUUGUGGGGUUUCUUGCUCAAUUUACAUCUUACUCAGAAGAUGGGAUGGUUUGGAUUAUGUUUGGUUUUGCCCUGAUGACAAUGGUGAAUUUUUGGUAUGUGUAUAUGCUCACUGUCAAAACACCGUUUUACAAGGAAUUACAUGUUUUCGAGGUGGCUGUUAAUGUGGCUCGCCUUUUUGGCACGAUUCUUGCCUUUGUGGGUGACUUCUCAAUCAAUGUCACCAAGGGUCCUGUCGUAUUUGUUUGGGUUGGUGUUGUUGGGAGCGUGGUGAUGUACCUCGGAGGUUUGGGGCUUCUGGCAAAAGAAACUGUGAUCGAGCUGUUGGAAGGAGAGACCACACUCCCGGUGAAGCAAGGCGAGUGAUGUUUUUGGUGGUUUUCCCUAGGGUUAGUUUUAACAUUCUGAUAUCAUCUUCUUGUUUUUUGGGUUAUCAUGGCUUGUAUAAAGAAACUGUAAAGAGGUAUAGCAAGUUACUUGUAGGUAUUAUGCAUUUAUGCAUAUCACAAUAGUAUGGCAGAUUGGCUGGUUUCAGAUGUUGAGGGGUUGAUGAAUUUCUGCUGAUAAAUACUAAAAUUACUACUAAGACAAGCAUCGAAGUGCUAAAAUUACACAUCACUCUCA